GCACGUGGCACAUGUACAUACACGGCCGGCAGUCACGGCAUUUCAACGAUUUUGACAAUUUUGUUGCGCUUGAUAAAUGUCACUUUGAUACUGAUAGUGACGUGAUAUAACGAGACAAGCAAAAGUCAUGGAACUUGAAAAGACAAGUAGAAGUAACGACAAUUAUGAUUUUUACGAUUUUUACUUCUACGCGACCGUAUGUCACGUAUGUAAACGAUUUGGCGACGGUGUCACAUUAAAAAGAUGCGGCGGCUGUGGCAUGAUCGCCUAUUGCGGCCGGAAGCAUCAGAAGCAUCACUGGAAACGGCAUAAAUUACUAUGCCAUGCCAUUCAGGAUGUGCUGCGUGAGCACAGUAUGGAGGGUCGCGACGUAACUGUGAAGAAGUGGAAGAAUAUGAAGCUGAACUUCAUGCUGCUGGUGUCGUUCAAACUGGGACGCCGCUUGGAGAGAUCAGAGAUGGAGGUACUCAUGUUUCCCAGGGAGUGUGAAGUCUGCCACGAGCGGAACGCUCGAUUGCUAGAGGAUUGCCAGGACUGCCUUUCCGUCAGCUUUUGUAAUGAUCACAGGGACAGCAUUGAGCACAAAGAGUUCUGCUACGCCUUGAAACUGUGUUUUCAUUUAAAUCUAAUGGAUAUAAGUGGAAACCAAUUUGUGAAUCUUGACUAUCUGCAACAUGUUUCCAAGAUGGAUAUAUUUCGAGACAUGAACGAAUUUAUUAGCACUUAUGUGAACACUGAGGCUUCCUCGGAGAUGUCAUCCGAUAUUCUGGCAGCUAGACACUCACACAAUCUCUCACGUCCCCUGACAGUGUACCAUGCCAUGCGACUGUUAGACUAUAUCCCAGAAAGAUUUAGCAAAGAUUUAAUCAUUCAUGUUGUAGGGGCAAAUGUCAUUGAGGAAUCUACUCUGCCAGCAUGGGAAGUCCUGCUGCAUUUAAUAGAGCCUGUGAUAUCUCUAGUAAUUGUAUUGAUAGGGCCGGAAUUAAUAUGCAAGUCCAAUUCAUUUGAAUUAUCCACUUGUGAUAGCUGUAUAUCAGGAAGGAAGAAGAUUUCAUUGGAUUUUCGCAAUAUGUUAUAUGAGAACUAUGCGUGCAGCCAAUUGUUUGUAAGGCCAGACUUGAUUGUAGGAUUUGACAUAGGUCUUCAAGAGUGGGAACUCAAGUCGACUGGAGAAACUUGGUCGUCGUCCAUAGAGGUAUUAGCGAAACAAAACUGUCCGUUUAUCUUGACUUGUUAUAAGGAAGAAUUAGAGGAAGAGAUAGAAAGAUUAAAUACCAUCCUGAACAGGAAAGUAGAUUACCUCUAUAGUGGAAAGAAUCCAUUUGCUAGUCUAAGACCACAGAAAAACUUUGGGGCUGAACUAGUAUUUUAUUCAAACUAUUGUUUAACUAUUUAUGAAAGUCUUUAUUCGUAACUAAUAUGCAUAAUUAAAUGAUCAAAAAGCUGUUUGAAAUUGAUAUUAAAAGAAAAAAAAUUUUUUUGAACGUAACAGCAGAAUAUAUAAACGCAAUAACACGGCAUAAAGUGUUAAUAAAUGGUUGUAACUUUUCAUCGAUUUAUAAUAAAGAUAAAAUACUGUUUGUAAUAAAAUUUAUAUUUUUCUAAUAAAGUGCAUGAAACAUUUUUUGAUAAAAUGUUAAUGUGAUAACUUUGAUUUUCUUUGUAAUAAAAACAAUUUUUUUUCUUAAGCAUUUGUUAAUUCUUUAUAUUAACAAUAAGAUGUAUAGGUAUUUGUAGUGAAAUAUUUAUUAAACAUUUUUUAAAGGUGAAAUAUUAAUACAGUAGUUAUUACCUUCACUAAAUUUGUGGUAAAGGCAAAACUUUGUUAGUUUAAAAUAUAUCGUAUAUUUAUACAGAGAGGAACCUGAGAGCGGUCAUCGUCAUCGUCAUCGUCAUUGCGUCGUUUUUAGAUGUUUUCAUCCAUCAGCGCCUCUAUGUACACAAAAUGUGCACAUUGAACUAUGUAGUCAAAUAUCUAUGAAUCCCGUAGAUAAUGUAAGUCCCGUGCAUGACUUUGGGUCUCUUUUAUGCUAUGUCCACGUUUAUUUGGUUCUGUUUCAUGCUAUAUCCGUAAACUUUAUAAUUAUAUGCUACAUAUUUUAAAUCUGUUUUAUGCAAAUGUGCAUAAUCGUGUUCUAUAAUAAAUGUGCGAUACCACAU